UUUUCCGACCGAAGGUUGGUCGCACCUUUGUCUUGACAUUGGCAAUGGGUAUACUGUUUGGAUUCAGCUUUGCAUAUAUAUUACUUGCCACAAGCCGUGUGGCAGUGGGUGAAUUGAGCCUUUAUCCUGUUAGCAGGCCAAUGUACUCUCAUGACCCACAUCAUCACAGUGAUUUGGACAAUAUCCAAGGACCGGACAUUGGCUCAUUUGGUGUCCACAGCCACGAAGAAGAGUUUCACAAAGAUGAGGACAAAGUAGCCCGUAAAUUGGCGCAGAAAGUCAGAGUGCUCUGCUGGGUGAUGACUUCACCAAAGAAUCAUAAUCUGAAGGCACGUCAUGUCAAAGCAACUUGGGGGCAUCGGUGUAAUAAACUGCUUUUCAUGAGCAGCACCAAUGAUACAUCAUUACCAACUGUUAAGCUCCCAGUGAAAGAGGGUAGAGAUCAUUUGUGGGCCAAAACAAAAGAAGCAUUUCGUUAUGUGUAUAAUCAUCAUCUAAAUGAUGCUGACUGGUUUAUGAAAGCUGAUGAUGACACGUAUGUGAUAGUAGAAAACUUGCGCUACAUGCUGUCUGCUCAUAAACCUACUGACCCAUUGUACUUUGGUUGCCGAUUCAAACCAUAUGUAAAACAGGGGUACAUGAGUGGUGGUGCAGGUUAUGUUCUGAGCCGAGAGGCAGUGAGAUUAUUUGUGGAGGAGGGACUUCCAGACAAGAAAAAAUGCCGUCAAGAUCAUGGUGGAGCUGAGGAUGUUGAGAUGGGUAAAUGUCUAGAAGCUGUGGGGGUUAAGGCUGCUGAUUCACGAGAUUCUCUUGGUCGAGGCAGGUUCUUUCCAUUUGUUCCAGAACAUCAUCUUAUUCCUGGACACACUGACAAGAACUUCUGGUACUGGAACUAUAUUUAUUAUGAAUCAAAAGAGGGCCUGGAGUGCUGUUCUGACAGUGCAGUCUCCUUUCACUACGUUUCACCUAAUCACAUGUAUGUGCUUGAAUACCUUAUUUAUCAUCUACGCCCAUAUGGAAUUACUCAUUAUGUGGAAGAGCAGGUUUCUUCAGAUGAGCCCAUAACAGAAAAAGCAUCUGACAGUGGAACAUUAAAACCUACAAAACGUGAAAUCAAAAAUACUCAUUGAGGAAGUGGAGAUUCAUCAAAGGUGAUACAAGACAUUAGUUUGGAGUUCAAAACAUAUACUUACCGUUACCUGUAAAUGGUUGAAAAGCAUAUGUGGAAGGCCUUGUGAAACCAAGGUUCUUUUUUUUCCUAUGAAUACCUCUGAUACCUGUUGAAGUGAUUUCUUAAGAGUAAGAAAUAACAGAACUUUUUUUACUGUGUUUUCAAUUUUAAGCAGAAAGAAAAAUUUCAGAUGUGACUGAAAUUAAUCACGUUUUAGUGUUCUGAGAUUUUGUAUGUUCCAGGGUUCAGUAUUCUUAAGCCAUAGAUCCGCCAUUAAUAUGAAUGUGUUUAGGUGGUAAUUCAGGAACUGAUUGUAGUUCAGUGUCAUGUUUCAAUUUUUAAUUUUAGCUGUCUUAAUCAGCUUUUGAAGUCUGACUAUGAUACUGAGCUUUUUGCCAGUAAAGAAACUAUUGUGAAAAUUUUGAGUAGUUAAAAAGAGACAGUGUUGACUCCUUGAGAGCUAAUGACUAGUCAUGUUAGAUUUUUGCCAUGGGUGAAUUCAUGCACUCUUCUGUCUGUGAUAAUAAGAAAAGGAUUCAUAACACAGUAUUGUUGUGACAAUUUUGUACAAACUAGGUUGCUCAUUAAUGAUUAUUCCUGGGAUGAAAGACUCCAGUCGCUCUGGUGUUUGAGGAGCAACAGUAAAGUAUACUGGUGAAAUUCUUGUGAUCAAUAGAUUUUUGAUUUUGUGGAGAAAGAUUUGUACAUGUAUGUGAGUUUAAUUUGUUUGGUGAUUGAUGUAUGUCCUCUUAGUAGAAAUUGAAGAAUGAGGAAAAUUUGUGGAUUACUACAGAUGUCUGUGAUUGUGCCAUAUCAGGACUUCUGUAUAGGUUUAAUAGCUUACAUAUCUUAAAUACAACUUUGAAGUUUGUAGUUUCUUUUAUCCUGUGUGCAUUUACUUGUCCUUGAAACAAGCUAAAUUAAAAAACAACUAAAUAAAUAAAAGCAGGGCCCUUGGCCAGCUGUUCUCAUUGUGUGCGUUGUUUAAUGGCCACCAUUGCCUAAUUUAAUGCAUAACUAACGUUAUACUAUAAAUAGAGUGCACAGUAGUGUAGUGACUGUAUUUUCAACAAAAACAUUUAGUCUUGUAAUUAAAUUUAUAUACUUUCCCAAUUCUUUUGAUACCACUCAGCACCUAGUAACAGUAUCAGCAUCUUAGGUCAGUUUGCAUAUAAAUUUUUUG